GCUAACAGCACGUGGCGGCCUGCCCCUUUAAGCCGCAGUUGUUGUUGUCGGUAUCGGCUCGAGAGUCCGCCACCAAGAGAUGGCUCCUCAGGCCUACCUGCGGAGGGGGGCACAGGGCAGAGGCCGGGGCCGUUCGCAGUGACCCCCGGGGCCAUGUUCCUGUGGAGAAGCCGCUGGGCGAUCGGCAGGCGGGCGGCGGCGGCGCUGAGACUGCAGGCGGGGCUGGGGCCUCUCGGGUGGGCCCCGCGGCGGCGGCCGCCGUCGCUUUCCUUCCCUUAUCCCGGGCCCGGGAGGAGGUGCCUGGGCCUCGGCCUCGCCUGGUGGCCUCCAGCCCGAGUCCGGCGGAGGGAGGCCGUACCGAGCCCCGGGCUCGUCUGCAGCCGCCGCUAUGGAGCCGCAAGGCCGGCGGCUAAAAGGGAGGCCGCGGAUCCGUCCUCGGGGGCCGGUGAGGAGAGGGCGGCGUGUCCGGAUCUGUAUGAGAAUCCAUGGACAAUUCCAAAUUUACUAUGUGUGGCAAGGAUUGGCUUAUCACCAUACUUGGGCUAUUUGAUUGUGGAAGAAGAAUUCAAUCUAGCUCUGGGUCUUUUUAUUCUGGCAGGAAUUACUGAUCUGUUGGAUGGGUACAUUGCACGAAACUGGGCUAAUCAGAAAUCAGCUUUGGGGAGUGCCCUGGACCCACUGGCAGAUAAGAUUCUGAUCAGUGUCCUAUAUGUCAGUCUGACUUGUGUUGAACUCAUUCCAGCUUCUCUAACUGCUAUGGUCCUUAUGCGAGAUAUCACCUUGAUUGCAGCUGGGUUUUAUAUUAGAUACCGAACGGUUCCACCGCCAAGGACUCUCAGCAAAUAUUUCAACCCGUGCUAUGCCACAGCACGAUUAAAACCAACAUUUAUCAGCAAGGUUAACACAGCAGUUCAACUUGUACUCGUGGCUGCAUCACUGGCAGCCCCAGUUUUUCAGUACGUGGACAGUGUGUUCCUUCACUGUUUAUGGUACAUUACUGCAUUGACAACAAUGGCAUCUGCGUACAGCUAUUACCUCCACGGCAAAAGCACAGUGCAAGUUUUAAACCGGAUGAAGUGAGAUAAAUCUGUUCAUAAUUGUCCAGUGUUUUUUGAAACCGUGCAAUGAGCUAAGGAAGGACUGGACCUUGAUUUCUCUGCUGAAAAGGACAUUGAUUAAAAUAAUGUAGAUACAUGGACUUUUUUCUGACAACAUUGUCAAUUUAAUAAUAAAAGUGAAAAAUUAUAGAUUUCUUA